CCCUCGCUUUUCCAGGUGGCUGCUGCGGCUCGACAAAGAAGCGCACAAUCGUGGGCGGAUGGGCGUGGGCCUGGUGGCUCGUGACCGAUGUUCAGAGACUGUCCCUGGAGGUGAUGACCCUGAAUCCGAUGUGCGAAAUGGUCGAAACUGCCCAGGGAGUUCCCCUGACGGUGACAGGUGUAGCACAGUGUAAAAUCAUGAAGAUGAUGAACGUCUAUUAUUUUCACCAUCAGGCCGACGAGCUGCUCGGUACCGCCAGCGAACAAUUCCUCGGAAAAUCGGUCAAGGAGAUCAAGAUGACAAUCCUGCAAACCCUGGAAGGACACUUACGGGCUAUCCUAGGAACACUUACAGUCGAAGAAGUGUACAAAGACCGCGACCAGUUCGCCGCCCUGGUUCGCGAAGUGGCCGCACCUGAUGUCGGUCGCAUGGGCAUCGAAAUCCUGUCGUUCACCAUCAAGGACGUGUACGACGACGUCCAGUACCUGCAGUCGCUCGGCAAGGCCCAGACGGCGAGCGUGAAGCGGGACGCCGACGCCGGUGUUGCCGAGGCGAACAGGGACGCUGGCAUCCGGGAGGCCGAGUGUGAAAAGAGUGCCAUGGAUGUGAAAUAUUCAACCGACACCAAAAUUGAGGACAAUUCCCGAAUGUACAAGCUGCAGAAGGCCAACUUCGACCAGGAAAUCAACACGGCGAAAGCGGAGUCCCAGUUAGCCUACGAACUGCAGGCCGCCAAGAUUCGACAGAAGAUCCGUAACGAGGAAAUCCAGAUCGACAUCGUCGAGCGCCGCAAGCAGAUCGAAAUUGAAACGCAGGAAAUCGCCCGUAAGGAGUGCGAACUAUCGGCCACCGUCAAACUGCCAGCCGAAGCCGAAAGCCACCGUGUUCAGAUGAUUGCCGAGGGUAAGCGUACCCAGACGGUCGAGAAUGCCCGGGCCGAUGCCGAACGGAUCAAGAAGAUCGGUGCUGCCGAAGCGUACGCCAUCGAAGCCGUCGGUAAAGCCGAGGCCGAUCGGAUGCGGAUGAAGGCCAACGUCUACAAACAGUACGGCGAUGCGGCCAUCAUGAACAUCGUGCUGGAAUCACUGCCAAAGAUCGCAGCCGAAGUUGCCGCGCCGCUUGCGAAGACCGAAGAAAUUGUGCUGAUCGGGGGUAAUGAUAACACAACCGCCGACGUCGCUCGCCUUGUAGGACAACUGCCACCAGCAAUCAACGCCCUGACGGGUGUGGAUCUGUCGAAGGUCCUCGGCAAAAUUCCCGGAGCCAAGGCAUAAUAAACGCAAAAUUGAAGCACCGAGCGACCGUUGAGCAGCAGCAGCCAAUCGCCCUAGCAAAUCGUUUUUUGAAACAGUAUAAAUUCGAUCACCACGUUUUUUCGUCAUCAACCACCCAGACUAAAUAUGAAAAGCAAAUACUUACUUUUUCGUUACCCUCCAAUCUCAAUUGUAAAAUUUACAAAUACCGUUUUCUAAAUCUGAUCGUGUGGAAAUCUUUAUAGCGAAUAACCGGUAAAAGCUAUAAACUUUACUUGACUCCCGUAAAAUGCGUCUCUAAACAAAGAACAGUAUUGUACAACUUUGUUUCACUACAAGUCACUAACAAACGGGUUUGAAACGUUAUCAAUAGUGUUAUGUGUCAUCAACGGUCCAGUGAAUGCUAGAAAUGAAAACAGUUAAGAAUAUCUGUUUUUCUGAUUACAUCUGCCAAUAUUUUUGUUUUAUGUUUUCGAAAUGUCACAUUUACAAUCAUCUUAUUACAAUUUAAAUCACAUUUUAAAUAUAACCCCAUCUAAAGCUAUGCAUGCUGCCGAACAGAAAAAUCAACUAAAAAUAACAACAGGGGUCCAGGUGCAUAGAUUUAAUCAUUAUUAAAUAUAACCAUAUGACGGCUCGAUUAUCCCUUAAAAACAAGAAGCUUUUGUUGAACGAACGAAACUUUUUCGGAUACGAAACGAAAUUUGAACAAAACGAACAAAAACUAUACUGCCACCGAAAAUAUGCGGGAUGAAAUGGAAAGCAACUUUAUGUCAACAUUCAGAAUUCGAUGAGUACGGAAAUAAUCAAAUUAUAAACGGAAACAAAAUUUCGAAACAGCAAAUCUAAUCUAAGAGUUCAGCAUCGAGAUCAGUAUUCAACACAUUAACAAUCAAUUAAAUGCAAACGAGUCAACCCUUUACAUUGGAUGUAAGAUUUCAUCAUCAGAUUUCAAAAUUCCUAUCCCAAUUGCAAAAGGAAAGAUUUAAGAUUCAAGAACUAUUACUACUUCAUCAAAUUACUAAAUAGAUAACAAAAAUUAAGAAUUGGAAAAAAACCGCUUAAGAAUUUGAUUUAACGUACAGAAUUUCCUUAAUCAAAAUUAGGACCAGUUUCAGAAAAAACUUCAGACUUGGAUUUGAAAUUCAUACUUUUAUCGGGAAUCAAGAAUAAGAAUUAAAAUUGCAAAAUUUUAUUUAGAAUGUGCAACAUGCUUCAUUUCCUCAAAGGUGGCGCUUCGAUAUGAUAUUUCAAAAUUAUCAAAACGAUUUCAUUAUUUUUGGGGUAUGUUCAGUUUUAGGCUUCAUUUAGAUUGAGAAACUUUAUAUAAUUAUAAGAAAUACCUAAUUGUUGUUUUCCUUUAUAACUACUUAUUAGAAGUUAUGUAUGUUUAUUAAACCCGGGCAGAUGUAUCAGUAUCAGAAUAACUGCCAAACCAAUAAUUUUGUUAUUCUGUUGCACCUUAUAAAAUGUAGUUUUGUUUAAGAGAAAAAAAAAUCAUACUUCGGUAGUUAUAUUUUAAGUACGAGCACAAAUUUUGGCCUUGAAUCAAUGUUUAUUUCCACUGUGUCGUUAUGAUUUUUUUUUUUUGUUUUCCGCUAAUUCACUGUCCUACCAACACUGAAAGCCAAUAAAUUCUAACUCUAACUGGUGAGACAAACAAACAAAUCUUCCUUCUAAACGGUAACGCUUACCCUCUGAUGAGCGAACCAGUAAACUAUUUCUCAAAGCAAAACAUGUUAAUAGCAAUAGACAUUCGAAGAUGUAAAAUAACAAAAAUAAAACCAACAGAAUACUUCUCUCGUAACCGAACGCGCUAUGCAUAGUGAAUGUCUACUAUGAGUAUGGGUAACAGACACAAUACUUAGAGGCAAAAACAAACCGAAGCUAAACGCGUGCAGCUAUACCUACAACAAUCUCUCUGGCAAAGCUAGAAACCCGAUUCUCCGCCCGAUAUUACAAAUUCUUUGCGCGAGCUUGAAAGAUAAACUAUAGAUAUUAGUCAACGUCGGUGAGCUAUCUACUUAAAAGCGGUGAUAGCAGCGCAUGAAAAAUGACUUUCGAGGUAUUGUGAGACAAACUUAGCAUGUUUAGGUUAAUUAUAGACUUCAAAUCAACAGAAGACAUCUGAUCGAAACAACACACAUUCAUCCUAAUGAACUUCAAAGAAGCAUCUCCGUGAAAACAUUUAACGUUGUUGGACGUAGAAGGCUACCCUAUGGAACUUCUUAGUCAAUGUUUAACGUUAAAGGGAUAGGAACCACUGAAGAAGACCAAAGACUUAUCCGUUCUUCUGCAGCUUAAGAAGAAUGUCAAUCAAUUCCAAUUGUAUCGGUUACACCAGAAAUUGUCGAACAUCUCCUUGACGUCCAACAACCGGUGGACUAUUGAAUACUGUCCUUUGAAACCUUCAGAACUUUGGGAAAGAUGCGCAGUCCCACUUCAUCAUCACGGUGGAAUCACUCCAAUGUUGAUAUAUCGAGGUAAGUUUCGACAAUCUGUUGGCUUCUUAAUUCAAAGUAACAACCACAGGGCUCGUUCCUUCCAAUGGUCAACUUGGCAGUCUAUAAACCUUUGAUACCGAGAGAGUAUAGUUGAUUCUCGAAAAUGUAUUAUUUUUUAGUCAGAAUCUGAUAAGUUCCUCUAUACAAGUAAUUUUCUUCGUGGUCCAAAAUGGAAUGGAGUAAGCCUAAUCGAAUCAACCUUUGGAAUCAAUAUCUCGGGUUCCAGAACACAAACAUUUGUGGUGCGUUUUAUCAAGUGAAAGAAAGAAGAAAGAUAUCCUUUUCGUGAGCUCAAUUUCGACUGGUGUAGUCGAUACAAAUCUCAAACGCAACGUAAGGUAAUUUUACAUCUAUGUAUUCGUUCCACAAUACCUCAAAAGCCAACAAGAUGCUAUUAUAACUGCCUCAAUGGCAACAAAGUAGCUUAGCUGAUCUAAGUAGAUAAACCUCAAGAAUUAUCCUCCCGAAAAGCGUAGACGUCGUAGCAUAGAAUGUCAAUUUGGCCGUAUGAAUGUGUUGCUUACGAAACUUAGCGAAUUCUGUAAUAACCAAGCUUCGAACAUUCAACGUACGGUAGAGCAUCUUCGAUAGAGCAUAUUCCCAAAACAAUAGAAGUCUAUACAGAAAGGGAAACAAGAAACGAACAUUAACUGCAGCCGAGUAUUGAAAGAACCUCUUGUGAAUCGUACAAACUCCUCCAAGAAGAGUAGAAUGUAGUAUCCAUAUAAUGAAAACUGUUAUUUCUACCGCAGAGCCAAGAGUAUUGUAGCUACUACUUCUACUAUACAGCUCUUAGUGCAACAACAUUCACAACAACCCGAUGUCACACACACACACCACGAGAAACAUGUACUAAGAAAGAGAGAAAGUAAAAAAAAAUACCAAAACCUAGUUGCAGAUACAGAAAUGUAUAUUUUUAUACUCCUUAUAUAUAAACAAAACGCUAGGUGAAAACGAGAAAUCAAUAUACAAAAACUAAAACAAGAUGAUAUUAAAAUCAUAUUUUGAGGUCGUGUAGCGUGUAGAAUCUGCUCGGAUUGUAAAAGCACACAGAAAAAGGACACACGAAUUCAACAACAUUCUAACAACAACAGAACAAAAGAUACUUAUCGUCAACUACAAAUGCUGAUUCCAAAAAAAAAAACGACGCAGAACCAAACAUUUUUAUGCAUAUGUCAUGUACAGAAUUCAUCUUUUACUUUCUUUUACCUUUAACAACAACAGAAACAAAAAAGCAACUAUUCCUGCAGAGACUAUUAAUCAGAUUAACUAACGCCGAGAAACAGAAUGUUACUAAACUUACUAACGGAGUGUUUAAGGGCCAACACAGAAAUGGUCAUUUUCUUUUUAGUUUAGUCACAUGAAUUUUAUGUUCAACGAUUAUAUACUUCUAGCAUACGAAACAUAGAAACAAAACUGAAAAACAGAGAAAAAAAAAGCUCGGUAGUGUUGUGGACUGCGUUUUGAUGGAAUCCCGUCCCAUUUUCAAUCAAAAUUUUGGCGAAAUAGUAUAAACAUUACCAACUACAAGUAUUCAUUUUUUACAAACACAUCGGGAUCUAGAAAAAAAUUCAAAAAUAUGUUCAGUUGUUUCAAAUUUAGAAGAAAGUUUCACAAACUGACUUUAGAAGAUCUAUCAAAGUGCAGUCCUACUAUAACUAAAAAAACAAGUUCUAGAGAAAAGAUAAACAUUGUUGAACACAAUCAAUCCAUUUAAAAAAAAGCGUGGAUAAAACAGUUUAUGUAAGUAUAUACAGAAACAAACACAAAACCCUGCGUGCGAACCCUCGAACGAUUUUUCCCGGAGAAACAAAAAAAAAACAUGCGAACGCAUAUAGCAACAAACAAGCAAAAAAUUCUAUCUGGUGUGUGGAUAUGUGUUAUUUAGGUUAAACUAAUAAAUCUAUUGAUUAUUGCCUAAAAGUUUCUUCACUUCAUUACAAAAACAAGUUAGCGCAAUUAUUUCUACUCGAAACGAAAUGGAAAAACAAAGUUAAGAGAUAUGUAAACUAAAGAAGAAAAGAAACAAACCAGUGGUGGAAGGAAAAAAAUCAUUCUAUAUAAUAUAUGAUCAAAACAAAACAAACAUUAUUUCAAUACUAUACUUACUUCGAUUCAGAUUGAGAUAAGAGUUGUAACAUCAUUGCAAACCCAAAACAAAAUCGAGCGAAAAAAUUAACAUUGUGAAAGAGGAAACUUAUGUGAAUACAUACCGAAACCUGCAAAAUCAACAACAAACAAACCAACACGUGUAACACUUUGAAGAUUUGAAUAAAGAAGUAUGUAAACGA